AUGGGAAGUUCUUCCAGCCAGCCGGGGGGCUUCUGCGAGUGCAGGGACGUCGUCAACAAAAUCAUCAACGCCGAUGCCGCAGAUGACUGCGCGAUGCAGAUGGUGGCUGGGACGGAUGAGAUGGAGGCCAAGCCAUUCGACAAUGUUUGCAAGGCUGUAAAGGUCACGCCGACGCCGGUCACAGCCGCCGCCAAGAAGCAGAAGAUCCAGGCCCGCCCCAAAGUCGAAGACAAGGAUGGCGGGAGCUACCAGGGAGAGUGGUUGGGCUUCUUCGCGGACUCAGGGAAGACAAACUAA